AUGCAGAGGCUUCGCGCCCGCGACCUUCGGGCCGUCGACCUUUAUCGGACAGUCAAGGCCAACCUGGACACGAAAUUCGUUUUGCCUGCCAUGCCGCCUGGCAGGGAACACCGGCAGGUCCCUCCCCCAUGGCUUCAGGCCAUGCAGAAGAUCCCACCUUCUGAAAUCCUUACGAGACCGAUCCCAAUUCAACACCAAACGCCGAAUCCCAAGGCCAGGAAGCCCAAGAACAUCUUCAGACCGCAAAAGAUUGUGUACGAGGAAGAUGAACUACGAAAGACCUUCUACCGUGACCACCCAUGGGAGCUCGCUCGGCCAAGGGUGAUUCUCGAAAUUGACGGCAGGGACUCGUAUUACUGUGACUGGAGCCGGGGGUUGGAACAGCCUAGCAUCCCUCUGUCCGGUGAGAGUGUGGUUCAACGUCAACUAUGGCUGAUGCACAACAAAGGCAUGACGAAAGAAAAGGCAUACGACCGUGUCCGGCGGGAGUUCUACGCGCUGAGGCAAGAGGAAGAAGUGGAGAGGAGAAUAGCACAGGAAGAAGCCCGGAUGGUCGGCGCCUACUUCGGCAAGAACCGGCUGCAGAUCGGUACAGCCCUGGAAGACCACGAGUACGAAAGGUGGAAGGGCUGGGCCACUGCCGAGAUGGCCAAGGCUGAGGCUGAGCGCGAAAACGCAAUGCCUGUGUACGGAGGAAAGGCGAAGGAUGCAGAGGUUUCGAUCGACGAUGCCAUGCUUGAGGUCGGCGUGGAUUCCGUUUUGGAAGAUAAGAAGGAAUAG